AAGAGAAAAAGAAAAAAAAGCAACAAAACAUACAACAGCCGGUGUUCGCCAAUGGUCACCCACUUGACUACUAAUCUGCCGGUUAAUGGCUUGUCUAUGGGGGAGCAGACGGGACCCCGAAUUUUCCAUUACCUAUGGUCGUAUGUGCUUAUUGAAGUAUUGAGUCAGGUUAUAAGGACAAAGCCCUAA